CGUUUGACACGCGUGUUAUAAAAGUAACGGCGUUAAGACAACAACAUCCGGUUCCUCUACAAGAUUUGUACGUGGCUCUCAACAGUCGGCUAAAUAUUAAUUAAUUUAGCCGUCAUGAAGAAACAAAAUGAACUAAUGGACAAAGCAGAAGAUGUGGCUGAUCAGGUUCUACGCCACUCGAAGCACAUCCUACCACACGUGGCCAGAUUCUGCCUGAUCAGCACAUUCCUCGAGGACGGCAUCCGAAUGUGGAACCAGUGGGGCGAACAGCGCGACUACAUGAACAUCUCCUGGGGCUGUGGUUACUUCCUGGGCACGGUGUUCGUCGUUGUCAACAUGUGCGGUCAGCUUGGCGGGUGUGUUAUGAUCCUGAGCAGACAGAAGGUUCCCAUCGGAUGUGGCAUCCUAUUCUUCAUAAUAGCAUUACAGACAGUAGCAUACAGUAUUCUAUGGGAUUUGAAGUUUUUGCUCAGAAACCUGGCCCUGGCUGGCGGUGUACUACUCCUGCUUGCGGAAAACAAGGCGGAGGGUCGCAGUCUGUUUGCAGGCUUACCUUCCCUGGGUGAAAACAACCCCAAACAAUACAUGCAGCUCAGUGGUCGAAUCCUCCUAGUUCUAAUGUUCCUCACACUUCUCAGGUUUGAGAUGGACUUCCUACUGAUGGUACAGAACCUUGUUGGCACCGCCAUGAUCAUCCUCAUCGCCAUCGGAUACAAGACCAAGUUGUCCGCCCUAGUUCUCGUCGUCUGGCUGACGUGUUUGAAUUUUUAUUUCAACGCCUUCUGGAGUAUUCCAGCGUACAAGCCCAUGAGAGACUUCUUGAAGUAUGACUUUUUCCAGACACUGUCGGUCAUCGGUGGUCUGUUACUCGUAGUAGCUUUUGGUCCCGGUGGUGUUAGUAUGGAUGAACAUAAGAAGAAAUGGUAGAAUAACGAUUUAGAAUUUAGACUUAGAGUCGGCAAUUUACAAUUUUGAAAUGUAGGAUGUUUAAAGCCAAAUAUAUUUAAGUUCUCUACCUUGCAUAUAUAUGUAUUAAAUAUAUAUAUAUAUAUAUAUUAUGAUAGGUAUUGCUUUCAUAAUGUGUCAUUAUCCAUUAGGAUUUUUGAAUUUUUGUUAAGACCAUCAAUUUUGAUUGCAGGGUUUUUUUUCCACUUUUUGGGAAGAUAGCCCAUGGCUUUGGAAUUGGGAAUUUUAUCGGCAUUUUCAUGAAAUUGGGAAAAUAAAUUCAUUAGCCUUUUUUUCCACAUGAAAAGUCCAAUGAUUAGGGAAAUACUCAAUUUGAUAUAACUCUUUAUAAUCAUUCAAAUGAAAAGAACAAAACCAUAUAAUACUUUGUUAGAUGUAAUUGAAUUGAAAUUGAGAUAAAAUAAGCAUUAGACAUCUUUCUAAAAAAAAAAAAAAUUUUUUUUUUUUUUUUGAAAUUGGGAUUUUGUUGCCACAUUUUGGGAAAAAAGUAUACUUUUUAGGAUUGGGAACAUAGCCGAAUUUCGGCUAUAAAAUCGGGCCAAAAAAAACCCUGGAUUGUUUUUGUUUGUUGUUUUUCUUUUUGGAAUAAAGGUGAGCUGUGCUUAUGUUUAAUGACCCGUAUGUAAUAUAUACAAUUGAGUGAUUUUCAUUUUGAUAAAGUAGACAGAUAUGAUACUUUUAACUGUUAUAAACAUAGUUGUGUAUAUAUUAAUUUUGUUAUUUCAGAUCAUUUACUAGUGAAGUGCCAGUACUUUUGAGAAUAAAUGUUAAGUUUAAAUUCUGAAUGACAGUAUAAUUAUGUUUAUCAUAAAUAUAACGGAAAAGUUACUUUUUGCAUUUAUAUCUUAAUCUUACAUUAAUUAUUUUGGCAUGAAGCGUUACUUUAAUUGUACCUUAUUUUUGAAUAAUUAAUUUGAAAAAAAAGUAUUUUAAAUCUAUUUUCAAAAUGCAUCACAGGAAAAAUAUUUUACAUAAUUAUUUUUGGAAUUUAUUUGGAAAAAAAGCUCUAAUGUUUUGUUAAUAUUAUUUAAUAAGUGGGUAAAUUAUUUUGUGUAAUGUGCAGCUAUUGGAACUAAACUGGAUCCGGUUGUAAAAAAUUAUUCUUGGUAAAAGUUCAAGAAUACAAUUUUAUUUCAUAAAAAUACUACUUCAGUAUGGAACUAAAUCGUACUGGAAUGGUAUGUGUUCAUCUGUCAUUUAAUUGUUGAAACAAACGUGUGCAAUGCAUAAAAACAUUUUACCUUACACUUGCUAACAGUAACUGGUACAUUAAUGUUAUUUAUUUAUACUUUGCUUGGUUUGUCCUUUAUGAUGUGUGUUGAAUGAUGUUACGUCUCAUUUUGUGGAAAAUAUUUUUAAAAAAUGCAGCUCAUACUAAAGGUAAAUUUAAAAAAAUCUUAAUAAUUUGAAAAUGAUCUGAAUUAAGAACUUCACUGAUAAGUUGAUUUCAAGAGAAGAUCAAUUAUCACAACAACUAUAGUUAUUUUGAAGCAAAGUUCAGUGUGCAAAAAAAAUGUGCAACUGUGUUUUGCUUCCGACUGUCUGAUUAAUGCAUGCAGAGUCAUCCUGAAUUUGUCGCAGUUGAAAUAGUUGGAUUUUGUAUACUGAGCAGUUUCAUGAUAUUUUUAUUGUAUGCAUUUGGUAGAUAUGUUCAAGUGAUGGAUUAUGAUACAUAAAGAUGGAUAUUAUAUUUCAGUUAAAUGAGUUUUAUUGUAAAUAAUAUGCUUAAUUAGAUAAGCCAUAAUACAAAUUAUGUUAUUAACAGUUUUCAGUAUCAGUUUCACUGUUAACUAAACUAAAACUGUUAUAAACAAAGUUAUACCCGUCUGUUAUUGCUGACUAAACAAAUUGUAGCAAGUCUUGUAGAAUUUAGAUUAAGAAAAAGUUCUUUUAACAUUGAAAAUGUUGUUAGACUGAUGCAAAAACUAAGUUGUUGCUAGUCAUACUUCAAAGAUAAGUUUAUAUUGCUUGCUGUGCACUCAGAAUUAUUUUAUUUAACUCAGAUAAAUUUAUCCAUUGAUUUUCGGUGAAGGGACUUUGGUACAAAAUAUUUUUAAAAGAAGUGCUUUCUUUAUCACAUUUAUUGAAAGGCAUCAUUUUAUGUUGUUCUGUUAUUGUCGUUAUUAUAGUUGAGUAAACAGUUAGUUAAUUACACAGACAGAUGAUUUUUAAAUAGAUAAUUGACUAUUCCCUAUAAAUAUUGCGUUUGGAAGGUUGCUGGUUAUAUUACUCAUCAAUUCUACUUAUAAUUUUACCAUGAAUGUUGUUUUACUACUGUAAACUAAAUAUUCUGAGAUUAAAACAUCUUUAAUUGACUGGUGCUGGGUUUAAUCAUAAACUCUUUUAGUGUUUCUACUGUUGGUAGUAUUACUUUUUUUAUGCCAAUAUGUAAAACAUUGAUUCUGCCAUACAGUUACGUCACUGUGUUUAUACAAAUGCAUCCAUCAGAAUAGCUAAAAAAAAUCAGAUUCAUUGAUUCCUAUCCUGUGUUUUGAGUUGGUUUUGUUGUUGUUGCUUAUUUUUCAUAUUUUCAAAACUCAUUUUAGCUCGACUAUUCAUGAAUAGUCCAGGCUAUAAUACUCACCAAAAAUGUGUGCGUCACAACAUGUGUACUGUUUAGUUAAAGGUAAAUUUCAAUAUCUCCAUACACAGUUAUUCAUUUGAAACAUGUUUUUGUGUUAUGUUUUGAGGUCACUUACCAAGUUUCAUAAUUCUGACUUACAAUGUCCUGUAUUGUACCUAGAAAUUCAAGAUGAUUGAGAGCAACUACUCAAUAUAUCAGUAUCUGUCACAGAUAUUGAACUAAAACAUUAGAUUUGUGUUCUGGGUCUUACUGUUUUUUUGCAGAUUUAUGCCCUAUUUCGUACUUACAAAAAGUAUGGUAACGUUUGCGUGUAAGAUUAAAGUUUGGUUUAGGUUUUGAUUUCUUGUUUUAAUGUAUACAUUUUCAGCUUUAUGUACAAAAACAUAUACAAAAUAGAUACUUCAGAUAUUCAUCUUCAAAUAUGUCAUCUUUAUGGUAAUAUUAUCAUUGGCUGAUAUACAAUAUAAAUGUUACUCUCAAAUUUGAAGAAAGGUCCAGGAGGCUGUCUUGGGAUAGCUCUUGUCAUUAUGCCAAUGAAAGGUCUCGACAUUUACUAACCAAAUUAAUGUGCAAUUUUUACAGCCAUUGCAGGGUUCUAGACAAACUUGUUGACUGCAGUUGUCUAAUUUUGUUCCUACAAUACUUUUGGUAUUAAGGGAGUUUUAUCACACAAUCAGCUCCCAUAUAACUUAAGUGGUCAAAGGCUAUUGGUCUCCUGCUUGUUUUAUGUCCCUGUAAUAAUUGUCUAUAAUAAUAUUAUUUGGGCCCUCACAAUUGAUUUAAGUGCUUGAAUCUAGUCCUUCACUUUCAAACAGUGACUUUCUAAUAGCUACCCGAUUCUUUGAUAUAUACCUUAAAAUAUAUAAUCAUAUUGGAUUUUUUUCCGAAAGCAGUAUAUGUGACUUUCUAUUUUAUUAUUGAUUAUUUUGAACUUCAUUGUUAUGUUUUUGCCAAAAAGUUUGAUGCAAAGAGAUUGCAGAUAACUGAAUGUGUCUUGUUAAAAUAAUGUGUACUUGAUGUAAAGUGCAAGGCAAACUACACAAGUGCAAGGCAUACUACACGUGUACAUUUCUGAGUAGAAAAUUCUGAAUCCACUUAAUGCAAUAAACAAAAAUCUGUGGCAUCAGAAGGAUUAUCUGAGUUAAAUAUGCCUUCUAUCUGUUUUAACACCCACCUCCAGACAUAUGAAAAAGAUAUUCCGGAAAGUGUCUCUAAUUAACUCCUUUCAUACCAAAAUACAAAAAAUGCAUCAUUAUCAGUGAACAGAAAUUAUAAUUUGGUUUCACAUAAUUAGUGUCUGUACCUGCUUCAGCUGCUGAUUCCUUUGCAGUACAUCUAUCAUAUUUUGUUUGUAUUAUUUAACUAAAUGCGUCAAUACUAUCUAUUUCAUUUGCACAUAGCAUGUUUGAAAUUUUCCAAACGCCAAUACAUUUCUUACAAACAAAAUAGUUUUCAGUGAAAUAAACAUCUUUUGAUUACCAUACUAAUGAUUCUUUUUAAAUUAAAAUAUAUUAAAGUUUUUUUGCUGGAUUGGAUUUAUAACAUAAUGAUUCCUAACAUCUGAUAUUUCAUUCAUUAAAAAAAAAAUGGUGCCCUGUUUCUAUAUGUUGUGUGUGUGGUUGCAUUUGUAAUUUAUCUGAUGUUGAUCCUGUGUGUUUUCUGAUAUAUCUAGACUGUUGCUAUGAGAACAUGAUUUUAUGUUAUUGCAUGAGUUUAUGUAUGCUUACUAUACAAAUAAAAUGCAUUUACAGUGA